UUUGAGAGAGAAAGAGGGUGUUGGAUUGUAUUUACAGACGCUGCCUCAUCGAUGUGACGGGUCAGGGGCGAGCCCUUCGUGAUCCCCAUCUCCCUUCCCCCUCCCUCCAUCUCUCUCUCUCUCUCUCUCCCUACAUACUCCCCCCCAACUCUCUCACUCUCUCCCUACGAGCUCAGUGGUGGGAACAACAAUGGCGACGAGCUCUCCCUAGCGCCUCUACUACUACGGCUACUACUACUACUACUACUACUCUCUCUCUCUCUUUUUCUAGAGUGGGUUCUGGAUGGGUUGGGAGUGUCGGGUCGGAGCUUCUAGAACCUUCAGACGAGGAGCGUAGUGGAGGAGGAGGAGGAGGAGCGUAGUGGAGGAGGAGGAGGCCAUGGAGGAUCCUCGGAGGAGAAACCUGCUACUGCUCGUCGCCUCAUUUUUGGUUCUGUGUGGGGGUUUUAGAUCGGUUUGUGGUGGGAAUGACGGAGAUGGUGCUACAUUGCUGGAGAUAAAGAAGUCGUUUCGCAAUGCGGAUAAUAUACUGUAUGACUGGAGCGAAUCCUCGAUCUCCGAUUACUGCUCAUGGCGAGGAGUGAUCUGCGACAAUGUAACCUUCAAUGUUAUUGCCCUAAACCUAUCAAGCUUGAAUCUUGAAGGGGAGAUCUCACCGUCAAUUGGGAACCUGAAGAGCCUAAUCUCUAUAGACUUGAAAGCAAAUCGUUUUUCCGGACAGAUUCCAGAUGAAAUUGGUGAUUGUCCGUCGUUAAAAGUGAUAGACAUAUCAUACAACAAUAUCUUUGGUGAUAUACCAUUUUCAAUUUCUAAAUUAAAGCAAUUGGAGAACUUGAUAUUGAAAAACAACCAAUUGAUCGGGCCUAUUCCUUCAACACUAUCUCAGAUACCAAAUUUGAAGAUUCUAGACUUGGCUCAAAACAAGUUGAGUGGGGAAAUUCCGAGGCUUAUUUAUUGGAAUGAAGUUCUGCAGUAUCUGGGAUUGCGAGGGAAUAAUUUGGAGGGAAUCCUAUCUCCCGAUAUGUGCCAGUUGACUGGGUUGUGGUACUUCGAUGUUAAGAACAAUAGCUUGACAGGGGGCAUACCUCAGAGUAUUGGGAACUGUACAAGUUUUCAGGUUUUGGAUCUAUCGUACAAUCAGUUUUCUGGAGAUAUUCCCUUCAACAUUGGGUUCUUGCAAGUUGCUACUUUGUCGCUGCAAGGGAACAAGUUCUCCGGGCCUAUUCCAUCUGUGAUUGGUCUUAUGCAGGCUCUUGCAGUGUUAGAUCUAAGCUGUAACCUUCUAAGUGGUCCCAUUCCACCUAUCUUAGGCAACUUGACCUACACUGAAAAACUGUAUCUGCAAGGAAAUAAAUUGACAGGGCCCAUCCCGCCAGAGCUUGGAAACAUGACAAGACUUCAUUAUUUGGAGCUUAAUGAUAAUCGGCUCACUGGGAGCAUUCCACCUGAGCUUGGGAAACUUAGCGAUUUGUUUGACCUGAAUGUCGCAAACAACUAUCUUGAAGGGCCGAUUCCUGAUAACCUCAGCUCAUGUGUCAAUCUCAAUAGUUUAAAUGCACAUGGGAACAAGCUGAAUGGAACCAUUCCACGUUCGUUCAAAAAGCUCGAAAGCAUGACUUACUUGAAUCUAUCAUCAAACAAUUUAAAGGGUCCUAUUCCUAUUGAACUGUCGAGAAUUGGUAAUUUGGAUACUCUGGAUCUUUCAUGUAACAAAAUAAGCGGUCCCAUAUCAUCCUCUAUUGGUUCUUUAGAGCAUCUUCUAAAAUUAAACUUGAGUGACAACCAUCUAGCUGGCUACAUUCCUGGGGAGUUUGGAAAUUUACGAAGUAUCAUGGAGAUUGAUAUAUCUCAUAAUCAAUUAUCUGGCCUAAUUCCACAAGAACUUGGUCUGCUACAAAAUCUCUUCUUACUAAAAUUAGAGAGUAACAAUUUGUCAGGUGACAUUAUAUCUCUCACCAACUGCUUCAGUCUUACUGUGCUGAAUGUAUCAUACAACAAUUUGGUUGGUGAAAUUCCCACAGACAACAAUUUCUCACGAUUUUCACCUGAUAGCUUUAUAGGCAAUCCUGGGCUUUGUGGCUAUUGGCUAAGUUCAUCUUGUCGUUCAUCACAUCCAGCAGAGAGAGCUCCAAUCUCAAAAGCCGCAAUCCUUGGAAUUGCCUUGGGUGGCCUUGUAAUACUAUUAAUGAUCUUGGUAGCUGUUUGCAGGCCGCACAAUCCUCCCCCCUUCCCAGAUGGUUCAAUAACCAAACCAGGGAACAACAACCAACUACUUAUUAAACCAAUACUCGACUUCUUUGCAGUGAAUGUUACACCCAAGCUUGUGAUACUGCAUAUGAACAUGGCCCUUCAUGUGUAUGAAGACAUUAUGCGGAUGACCGAGAACUUGAGUGAAAAAUACAUAAUCGGCUAUGGUGCAUCAAGCACUGUGUACAAAUGCAUGCUCAAGAAUUGUAAGCCAGUGGCGAUAAAGAGGCUCUACUCCCACUAUCCACAGAGCUCAAAGGAAUUCGAGACUGAAUUAGAGACUGUUGGGAGUAUAAAGCAUCGAAACCUGGUCAGCCUACAAGGAUACUCCUUGUCCCCAUCCGGCAACCUGCUUUUUUAUGAUUACAUGGAAAAUGGCAGCCUCUGGGAUCUUCUGCAUGGCCCGACCAAGAAGAAAAAGCUCGAUUGGGACACUCGUCUCCGGAUCGCUUUGGGAGCGGCACAAGGCCUGGCUUAUCUGCACCAUGACUGCAGUCCCCGCAUUAUACAUCGUGAUGUGAAGUCCUCAAACAUUCUUCUUGACAAGGACUACGAAGCUCACCUCACUGACUUUGGCAUCGCAAAGAGCCUGUGCGUGUCGAAGACUCACACGUCGACUUACGUAAUGGGCACCAUUGGCUACAUUGAUCCCGAAUAUGCACGCACCUCCCGGCUCAAUGAGAAAUCGGAUGUCUAUAGCUAUGGCGUUGUCCUCCUUGAAAUCUUAACUGGUAAAAAGGCAGUGGAUAACGAGUGCAAUCUACAUCACCUGAUACUUUCCAAAGCAACGAACAAUGCGGUGAUGGAGACGGUGGAUCCGGACGUCUCUUCCACAUGCAAAGAUCUCGGGGAGGUCAAGAAGGUCUUUCAACUGGCCCUCCUGUGCACCAAGCGGCAGCCGUCUGAUCGUCCCACCAUGCACGAGGUGACCCGCGUGCUGGGCUGCCUCGUCCGGCCCCUCCCGUCCCCGAAGCCCGCCCAGGCCCUAACCCUACCCCCGCCGCAGUCCCUCCCCAGCUACAUCGACGAGUACUCCAACCUCAAGAGCCCCAGCGCCCUAACCUGCGCCGCAUCGAUGAGCUCUUCCGACGCCCAGCUCUUCCUCAAGUUCGGCGAGGUGAUAUCACAGAACACCGACUGAAGUAAAGUAAAAUUAUUAUCGACGGGAGUACGAAAGCGGCUUUGUAAAUUCGGUGAUCUUGGUUUUAUUUGCUCUCGAUAUUUUGUAGCAUCAGGAUCAUGUGAACUGUAUUAAAUAGUUUUUGGAUAGUAUCAGAGAAAGCUGGUUGGCUGUUUUGCUUA